UGUGUGUCUCUGUGUGUGUCCAGGCGUACUACUACUGUGCCAUCCUGGAGGACGUCCUGUUGAGGUUUGCCUGGGCCGUGCCCCUGUCCCUGAGCUCAGUGAGUGACGUCCCCUGGCUGGGGGACAUGAUGGCCACCCUGCUGGCUCCUCUGGAGGUGUUCAGGCGUUUUGUAUGGAACUUCUUCCGCCUGGAGAACGAGCACCUGAAUAACUGUGGAGAGUUCCGUGCGGUGCGGGACAUCUCUGUGGCUCCCCUGAACGCAGACGACCAGACCCUGCUGGAGCAGAUGAUGGACCAGGAGGACGGUGUCCGCAACCGCCAGGGCAAGAAGAGCUGGAAACGCUCUUACAGCAUGUCGCUACGGCGACCCCCGCCUCGCCUCGCAGUCCAAAACCCGGGACACCAAGGUUUUGAUCGAGGACACGGAUGAUGACUCCUGACAUCAGGCCAGACCCAUCGCCUGGGUUCAGAAUCUCUUCAAAGGGCCGCGCCCCUCCUAGGGCCACGCCCCACGCCUGCCAGCCUCUGAUAGGCUGACAGAUCCCUAAACCCUUGCCAGCUUGUCCAAUCAGUCCAUCACAGAGCUGCCUACAUGCACCUUACAUGCUUAGACACCAACACACACACCAACACACACACCAACACACACACCAACACACACACCAACACACACACCAACACACA